AUGUCUUCGGCAGGUGGCUCUGCGACACCGUCUGUUGAGCCGGAGAAGAAAGCCAGUAAAAAGCCGGCUAAGCGCGCAAGACCCAAAAACAACGGUGGCAAGGCGGAUACUAAGGCUCCACUCAAGCGUCGUGGGAGACAGGGUUGUUUGAGCGUGCUUCCAACACUGCCUAUGGACCUUCUGUACGAGAUAUUCGGACACCUCGGGCCCGCAGAUCUUCUUAGUCUUGCGCGUACCACAAAGAGCUUCCGUAACAUCCUGAUGGCGCGUCAAUCGGCCUUUAUCUGGCGCUCCGUGCUCGAUGCCGCGUCGGAGGAAGGUGGCCACCCGCCGCGCCCGGUGGAUAUGGCUGAGCCUGCAUGGACCAAUCUCGUGUUUGGCGGAGGGAAGUGCGAGCUCUGUGGGUCCAAGACGUCAAAGGGGAUCUUGUGGAUGAUACGCAAACGUCUGUGCAAGGGUUGUCGGGACGCGAACCUCUUUCAAGCACGCGCACUUCGGCGCCCCGAAGGGAUGGAUCCCGGGACGCGUUGGGAGGAUGUCCUGCCUGCCGAUCCUUGUCAUUAUAUUGACAGGCAUCUCAUUUCUCAUCUCAUUUCUGAAGACUGGCGGUCCGCUUUCUCGAUACUUGAGCAAGACAUGAACGCGUACAUCGACGACUUGAACACGCUCCGGGCCGCCGAGGGUGACUUCUUCGUCCUUCGUGCUCAGAUGGACACAGAGAGGAAGGCAAGGAUGCUUGCUCGUUACGAGCACGCGGAUGCCUGCUACGCGGCCGAGGAUUCUCGCUUCCAGAGUCGUGAAGUUGAGCUCGAUGAUCUGAAGAAGACUCGGUUCGAACAAAUCAAGUCCAGGCUCCUUGAUUUGGGGUACGACGCGGUCGACAUGGAGAGUCGGGAGUUCCAGAAACACACGGAAGUCCGAGCGCCCAAGCCCGUCACAGACCGAACAUGGAUCCGGCUGGGACCUAUCAUGAAGGAGCUUGUCAAAGGGAUACGUGACCGGCGCCUCGCACGAGAACGUGAUCAGCGCGUAGGCAACCGUCACGAUGUGGUCGAAGAAGAGUACAAUAGCAUCAUCAUGCGUGCUGUUCCGUGGUCUCUGGUUUCUUUCAUCCCUCCUGUGCGUUGUGUAUGGGAGUUCCCAGGGCUAGAGAACGUCAAGGCGCUUGUCGAGGCUGAAGACACGGAGCCGUCCCUCGUAUAUCGCGUCUUUAUCCGCCAAGCGCUGCUCUCUUCCGCCCCUGCAAUGCAACGGUCGAUCUUGUCCGUGGCUGAAAACCUGAAGACAACAGUGCCACAGGCGUGGACGUUCACUAGAUCUACUUCACUACAACCGUCUCUAUCUCAUGCAUUCGCACAUUCGGAAAUCACGAUUGACCUCUCACCUCUGGCUUCACUUGAUCGAGCUGCCUACGUCUUCCGUUGCCAGGACUCGAACUCGGGGCUCAGGACUCGCCCCAUACAUUUCGGUCUGGACGGAAUAGCCCAUGAAUGCGCUCGUCGUCAAGAGAAUGCACCGGAACCUGAGGAUGACCUGCGGUCAAUUAUGGUCCAGAUGUUGGAGCUUCUGGAUCUUGAUCCUGCGACUGCGACGCCUCUGGAUCUCGAUCAACUUGCACCUGUCUUCGUCUGUACCUCCGGACACGUUGUCACUACGGGUAUCCGGCCCGCUGGCAUAGCAUUUGCUAAUUGGAGAGACACGGUUGCUCAUGGUGAUUCGCGUCGUUCACUCUGCGAGCACAUGGCCGGGCCGCCCGACUUAAGACUUGCGUCCGAGCUCGAAGCGCGUUAUGCUCGCGCUAUGGCUGCCGCGCGCGCUAACGCAGAUUCACUAUCAAACAAGAACAUAGUGGGCUGUUGCCACUGUACCAAGCACCUUGAACUCCAAUCCUACCAGCACCAUACAUUCCGUCGGUUUCAACAUAUCAACCGACAGUCAUGGAUGACUUCUCCGGAGAUCAAAGAACAUCUUCAGAAGUCGCAUGAUAUACGCGAUGGCGUCGAAGGCCAAGACUAUUUCUAUGAUCGUAGGAACCCGGCCGCGAGGUUCGACGGGGAUGUGUACGGGGAGUCGUCGGCUAUAGCCGUCAGUAGUGGGCGGCAUACCGCGGGAUCCGUUCGUCUUCCUAAUGUAUCCGCCUCUCAACUCGAGGCACAGGUGAUGCGUGACGUCACGCGUUUUGACGACCGCGGACGCGUACGGCUCGGCGCGGCUCACACCCAACCACCAUCAUACCCGGCAGUUGCCAUCAUACUUGACGCGCCACUGCGUGCCCGUCCCCGUGCGAUGACCUCUGCUCGCAGUGCUUCUACAUCAACAACGACCCAGCAGCCCACAAAAGCCAGCAAAAGCCCGACAAAGCGCACCCGGAAGGCCAAGCAGAGCGAUGGAACCUCUGCUUCUCAAGCUCCGGUUAAGCGUCGAGGCAGGCAGGGCCGCUUGAGUGUGCUUCCGACGCUGCCCAUGGACCUUCUGUACGAGAUAUUUGCACAACUUGGACCUGCAGAUCUUCUCAGCCUGGCGCGUACAACCAAGAGCUUUCGUAGUAUCCUCAUGUCGCGUCAAGCAGCGUUCAUCUGGCGUUCUGUGCUCGACGCAGCAUCUGAGGAUGGAUGCCACCCACCGCGCCCGGAUGAUAUGGACGAGCCAGCGUGGGCCAACCUCGUAUUUGGAGGAGGAAAGUGUGGGCUCUGCGAAGCUAAGACGCCGAGGGAGGUCAACUGGACGCUCCGCAUACGUCUCUGCAGAACCUGCCAGUGCAGUGGUACGCUGCCCAUAGAUGCCGUUGAUCGACCGGAAGAGAUGGAUCCAAAGGUAGAGCUGUUUGAGGUUAUACCAUCCGAUGCUGGCAGGAUGGCUGACCACCAUGUAAGCGACGGAAGCCGGGCCCCAUUUCCCAUACUGGAGCGCGACUUGAACGAAUACAUUAAGGAGCUGGACGCAUUGCUCGAUUCUGCUGACGGCAACUUCUUGACCCUUCGUGCCCAAAUGGACGAGGCGCGGAAGGCAAAGAUGGCCAAGCGAUAUAAGCAUGCAGAUGCCUGCUACGCGGCCGAAUCCGAGCGUUGGCAGAGCCGCGGCGUCGAGAUCAAAGAUCUGAAGAAGACUCGUUUCGAGCAAAUAAAACGCAGAUUACUCGACAUGGGUUAUGAUACUGUUGACAUCGACAGCCUCGAGUUUCAGCAUCAUUCUGAAGUGAGAGUCGCCAAGCCUGUCACAGAUAGAAUGUGGAAGCGACUGGGCCCGAUCGUCAGUGCAGUCGUCGAAAAAAUCCGUGACCGACGACUCGCAAAUCAACGCUACCUGCGUAUGGAUGAGCGUCAGGGUGUGCUAGAGGAAGAAUAUAACAGUGCGAUCAUGCGCGCUAUUCCGUGGUCUAUGGUCUCGUUCGUCCCUCCCGUGAACCAGGUCUGGACGCGACAGGGUCUCGAGGACGUGAAGCGGGUCCUGGAAGACGAUGCGAACCCAUCUGAUGACUUCCGCCUCUCUAUUCGCCAAACACUUCUCUCUUCCGUUCCGACAAUGCAACAACCGAUAUGUUCUGCCGCUGAAGACAUGAGAGCGUCUUUACCGUCAUCUUGGGAUAGCGAAGAGUCGAGUCUUACAUCACCGGCAUCUCUGUCUCAUCAAUUCGUGGACUCAGAGCAUGAACUUGACCUCUCUCCUCUGGCUUCGCUCGACCGUGUCGCCUUCGUCUUCCGCUGUCAGGACCGAUCGACACCCGGGCUCUAUAUACGUCCCAUUCACUUCGGUCUGGAUGGCAUCGCACACGGAUGUGUUAUGCGUCAAGAUCUACCACCAGAACCAGAACAUGGUCUGCACUCCGUGGUGGUCCAGAUGUUGGAGCUUCUGGGGCUCGAUCCCCCGACGACGACGCCUUUGGAUGUCGAUCGACUCGCCCCCGUCUUCGUCUGUACGCAAGACCAUGCUGAUACCGCUGGUGUGGCAUUCGUCAACUGGAGAGAUGCGGUCGCUCAUGGCGAUACAUGGCGGACACUUCCUGAUCAUAAGAUUGGCCCGCCCGUCUUUAGGCUCGCUUCCGACCUAGAAGCGCGUUACGUCCGAGCUAUGACUGCGGAGCGCGCAAGACUACAUCCAAACUGGGGAAAGAACUCCGUAGGCUGUUGUCAUUGCACCGAGCAUCUUGCAUUUCAACAACACAAGCCUCACCACCUGCUCCGUCACCCUCAAUCCUGGAUGACCCUGCGUCAAGCCAAGAAGCAUCUUCUUACCUCGCACGAUACUCAGAAUAGUGUCGAAGGUCACGACUACUACUACGAUAGGAGGAGCCCGGUAGCAAGGUUCGAUGGCAAUGUGUACGAGAAGUCGGCAUCUAUAUUCAUCAGCGGAGGGAGAUACCAUCACCCAGGGUCCAUUUGUCUUCCCGAGGUGACUACCAAAGAGCUUGCGGUGCUGGUCCUGGAGAAGGAGACUGCGUUUGCAGGUUCAUAG